UUUGCAUUGUUCACCGCAUCUUGUAUCAUAUCUGUUCCAGUUGAUGCGCGUUUGGCUUAUGAGUGCUGCAAACGGCUGCCUAUGGAAGAACUAUCACAUGCCGGUAGUCCUGAUUACGGCCAUUCCGCCUCGGCCAGAAAGCGACAGUGUCAGUCUAGGUUAUUUGGGGAGCUAAAUACUCGCGAUAUUGAUAUAACGGAGCUUCCGGAGGGAAGAUUUGUUGGGCUUGCUCGACGCAGUGAUAUUACGAUGGUAGAGAGCCAACCGAUCAUUUGGCAACGACAAGAUCUGUUUAACGAUGAAGUGAUACAGGCACCGAUUGAUUUCAGCAAGGAACGCUUGUAA